AUGAAUAGUCGCGAUCGAAAACGGCCAGCACCGUCAGCGAGUAAGGCUGAGAAAUGUCCUUCACGCUUUGUGCCAACUCCAGCGAGGAAACAGCCAGGAUUACCAUGGAUGCCGCGAGCUGGUUAUAACCAGGAGCUUGGCCAAGAUGGCCAAUUGCUGCGAGCUGCUAAAAACUAUUAUCCUGAAGGCGAGGGCGAUGGCGGUUGCAGCGAAUUUCCUCCUCUAGUGCAGGCGAAAUCUUGGACGAGGGGAGUUCCGUAUAGAGAUAGCUUUAACCAUGCGAAACCCGUAGACUCUAUUGGUAACUGUUAUACGAGAUCUACAAAGACGAUGCGAACUAUAAACAUGCCACCGAAAAGACGUCCCCCUCCUCAACUGUAUGGACCACUUGGCCCAAACGGAGAACUUCAAUUUCCACCGUUAAAGUCAUGGGCAGAGAGAGAAAAAGAAAAACUCGAAGCAUUGAAUAGAGAAAAGGCGAAAAAUAAGUUGCCAAAAGGGUUGGUGUUAUUAGAAGACUUGGUCUCAGGUGCUUAUGAAAAACGAAAGGCAGCUGAGGCGGAAGCAAAGAGAAGAAGAAUAGAGAAAAGAAAAAAGGAAAAAGAAGAAGCCGAAUUGGCGGCGCAGGAGGCUUUGAAAAAGCAUUUAGCAAAGUUGGAGUUCGAAUUACCACGUGAUCCCGAUGAUCAGAAAGACGAAUUAUUAAAAAUUACAGAAGAGGAGCAAUAUAGAUAUAUACAUCCUAAGGAUCUCGAAAGAAUCCAGUACUAUUUAACGACGUCGAUCACCGGUAUUCACAUUCCCGAGUUCCCGCAACACUUGUACCAACGCGCUAAAGUAACAGUGGAUAAACAGACGGCGAAGAUUAAGAAACGAUUGAUGAUACUGACCUACCAAGCUUGCGUCCGACAGAACGAGGCGGAUAUCAGGGAGUUCUUCGUGAUGGCGAUGAAGAGAUGCCUGCUGGCCUACAUCCUGGAGGACCCCGAGGAGCGCACUCGGCUGCGCAUCGCGUUCCUGCCGGCGCUGUGGCCCGCGCUGAGCGUUCGCGCGCCCGUGCCGUGGCACAGCGCCGCGCAGCGCGCCCGCCACGCGCUCGCCUACCGGUACUACCAAGGGAACCCCGUGCUGCUAGAGCUCAGAAGGAUUUGGCAGGAGAGAUAUCAAAAUGUGUACAUCUGCGACAUGACCAAGAUGCAAUCUCGUCACCCCUUUCCACAUUACUCUUCCGACUUCACCGAGCGUCUCACCGAGUUGUGUGCGGAGACCAGAACCGAGUUAUUGGACAACUGGCUCAUAGAUGUCGCCGAUACUAUGGUCAAGAUGAGGCAGCACUGGUCCGUUUACGUGUCGAAGAAGAAGAAGGAGUCCACCUUUCAAGUCGAGAAGUUUUUCAGCGCUAUCCAUGCGUUAAUGUCGAGACAAGUACGUGACUUAGUCGAGAGAAGCGUGAAUCAUUUUGCAGAAUAUUUUUCUUAUUAUUGGGAAGGGAACGACUACGGCACAGAGUAUAAGGAUUAUACGUUCAUCAAGCGACCACUCCUACGCAUCAAGGUGGUUGGGAAGCCUGGCUCUACAACUAUCUCCUUCGACCCGACCCUCGAACAUAUGCGUGUUAUGAUUAUCAAAUGGUUCCACACUAUCAUCAAUGUAAACCACCAGCUGCCUAGUGUUGACAACAUAAUGUAUCCUGGAGUAAAUCGUCCAAAACCUUACCUGAUGUCGGUAUACCCAGACGAAGAAUAUAUGACGGCUAUAGUUAACAAAUGUAUUAAGCACUUCAACCAGAAUCGUCCCGGACCGCUGAGCUUUCUUCUCAGAUACGAGGAGUACUUCUAUCUCCUUGAUGAGACCGCUCAUCAAGAUCUACUUAAAUUCUUCGCUUUGGAACCGCCGCCAUUUUUAAAGGAUUUCUCUGCUCGUAUUAUAAUGUACGAAAAACUUCGUGACGAAAUCGCAUUCCUCCGACGAGAUAUACCCCUGAACAUGAUAAUGUUGGACUGCGGCCCUAUCAACGACGUGCUCUGGGGCGUGGCGGACGGUCUCCGACAAUAUAUUGUGGAUCACUUCAUUGCUGUCAACAGGAAGUGGAAUAGAGCCAUCUGUGACGUAUACGAGGAGAUGGCGGCGCGCACGUCGGAGAGCCCGGACGGUACGGCCGCGCUGGUGGAGCUGCUCGCCUACAUCCAGGACUGCCGCGACUGCGCCCUGUUCGAGCUGCGCGAGCGCUCACGCACCUCUGCGCUUUACGUGCUGUUCCUUCACGAACACGCACAUCUCUCGUUUGAAGAUAUAAAUCUUAACACGCGGGUAUUCCUCUGGCCUCUUGACAUGGAGGAAACAAUCGACCUUACUCUGAAGACUCUUAACACUAAAAAGACGAUGGCGGAAGACAAGCUGAGGACUAGAAAGGCCAUCUUCGAGGAGAAACUAAAGAGGCACGAGAAGGAACUUGAACAGUUCCGACGUUUUGACCCGCCUCUACUAAAUUUAGAUCUGUUGAGAGAGGUUGUCGGAAAAGUCGACGAUAUCUUUAAGAACUUAUCGGAUGAUAAACGCGAAGCAGACGAAAUAAUCAAUGAGGAGACGCUACUGGAGCAAGAGGCCUCGGUGUACUUUAGCUUGCAGAGCAUGCUAGCCAGCGUCGAACCAUUCCACAAGCUGUGGCACACGGCUUACGACUUCUAUGACGGCUACGAAAAAUGGUAUCACGGGCCUUUCCUGGGACUAGACGCGGAAAGGAUCGCCGAAGACGUGGAGGCUUGGUGGAAGUUGCUGUAUAAGCUUGGAAAACAGCUAUUCGAAUUCCCCGGGGCUAAGCGUAUCGCAGACAUGGUGCGGAAUAAGUUGGAGAAGUUCAAGCUUCUGUUACCUGUUUUAUGCGCUAUUUGCAACAAGGGCAUGCGCGACCGUCACUGGGCGCGCAUCAGCGAGCUGGUGGGCGCGGAGGUGGUGCGCACGCCGAGCAGCACGCUUGCGGACAUGGUGGAGCAGGGUGUGCACGUGUUCGCCGCGCAGCUCGAGGAGAUCGAGCAGCACGCCUCCAAGGAGCACGCGCUGGAGAAGGCGCUCGCCAAGAUGAAGGAGGAAUGGCUUGGUGUGCGCUUCGACGUAGUACCCUAUCGAGAUACGGGGGUAGGCAUCUUAACAGGUCUGGAUGAUGUACAGCAGCAAUUGGACGAUCAUAUACUGAAAUCGCAGACGAUGCGUGGUUCGCCAUACGUGAAGGCAUUCGAAGCAGAUAUGGUCGCUUGGGAGGAGAAGUUAAUCAGUAUGCAAGAUAUUCUGGACCAGUGGUUGCAGUGUCAAGCUACAUGGAUGUACCUCGAACCAAUAUUUUCAUCGGAGGAUAUAAUGCGGCAAAUGCCAACUGAGGCCAGGAACUUCCGUGACGUCGACAAGGAGUGGAGGACUAUCAUGGCGGCCACACAGAAGGAGCCUAUGGUUUUGAAAGCUACGGACUAUCCUGGGCUAUUGAAGAAGUUGCGAUACAAUAAUGCCUUGUUAGAUGAUAUUCAAAGAGGAUUAAAUGAUUACUUAGAAAAGAAGAGGCUAUUCUUUCCAAGAUUUUUCUUCUUAUCCAACGACGAACUUCUCGAAAUUCUUUCCGAGACGAAAGACCCAAUGCGCGUCCAACCGCACCUCAAGAAAUGCUUCGAAGGCAUCUACACUUUGGAGUUCAACGCAGCCAAAGAAAUCGUUGGCAUGGCGUCCGCUGAGGGAGAGAUGGUCAAACUGUCCUCUACUAUUCAACCAGCUGAUGCUAAAGGUAUGGUAGAACGGUGGCUGCAGCAGUUGGAACAACAAAUGAUAAUAAGCCUGCGAGACGUGGCCUCCGAGUCUAUAACCGCGUACGCCCUUACCAAGAGGGAGGAGUGGGUCCUGAGUUGGCCCGGGCAGAUCGUACAGGCGGGCUCUUGCAUUCAGUACACAGCUGAGGCGAUAGAGGCGAUCCAGAGCACCAGCCUGCCGCAGCUGAUCGAUCGCAGCACUGAACAGAUCAACGGGCUGGUGUACUUGGUGCAGGGCGCGCUGGAGCCCGGCGCGCGCAUCACCGUGGAGGCGCUCAUCGUCAUCGACGUGCACGGUCGUUCGAUCCUCGAGGAGAUGGAAAAGAAGUGUGUGCGCGACGUGACGGACUUCAACUGGAUCUCUCAGUUGCGGUAUCAGUGGCGUGGAGACCGCAUCGUAUGCUCGAUGGUCACCACUGACGUGGACUACGGGUUCGAAUACCUGGGCAACACCGGUCGACUGGUCGCCACACCGCUCACUGACAGAUGUUUUAGAACAUUAAUGAGUGCUCUUAAGCUCAAUCUGGGCGGGGCGCCAGAGGGUCCCGCUGGAACUGGUAAGACAGAAACUACCAAGGAUCUGGCAAAGGCAGUGGCGAAGAAGUGCGUCGUCUUUAACUGCUCUGAUGGACUCGACUAUAAGGCACUUGGGAAAUUCUUCAAGGGUCUGGCUCAGUCAGGCGCGUGGGCAUGCUUCGACGAGUUCAACCGUAUCGAGCUGGAGGUGCUGUCGGUGGUGGCGCAGCAGAUCCUCUCCAUCCAGCUAGCCAUCUUGCGUCGGGAGAAGCGCUUCAUCUUUGAGGGCACCGAGAUUAGUUUAGAUCCAACUUGCUCAGUUUUCAUUACCAUGAACCCUGGAUAUGCUGGACGAACAGAGUUACCGGAUAACCUCAAAGUACUGUUCCGGACGGUGGCCAUGAUGGUGCCGGACUAUGCCAUGAUAGGGGAGAUCACGCUAUACUCCAACGGAUUCGUGAAUGCUGGCCCCUUAGCUCGUAAAAUAGUUCAAGCCUACAAGCUCUGCUCGGAGCAGCUUUCCUCUCAGAACCAUUACGACUACGGAAUGCGUGCAGUCAAGUCAGUCUUGCUCGCUUCCGGAGCGCUCAAGAAGAACUACCCUGAGAAAGAUGAAUCUCAGCUAGUGUUGAGAGCUAUCAUUGAUGUGAACAUGCCCAAGUUUCUAUCUCAGGACGUCCCCCUGUUCAUGGGUAUAUACUCGGAUCUGUUCCCGGGCGUGGAGAUCCCGCAGCCCGACCGCGCCGAGCUGCUGCGCUGUGUGAACAAGGAGCUCGAAAAGAGGAACCUGCAGCCCACCGAUUGGUACCUCGAGAAGAUCAUACAGAUAUACGAAAUGAUGUUAGUUCGUCAUGGGUUUAUGAUAGUCGGCCCUCCAAUGGGUGGCAAGACUCAGGCCUAUCAGGCGCUAGCGGAGUCCCUGCGAGCGCUACAGCUCAUGAAGCCGCCGCCGAGGCACAAGGAGUUUGGAGCCGUGUAUCGAAUCAUCAAUCCCAAGGCCAUUACAAUGGGACAGCUUUACGGUUGCUUCGACCCCGCAUCCCACGAAUGGUCGGACGGGGUGCUGGCCAUCGCGUUUCGCGAGUACGCGAUGUCGGCGACGCGCGACCGCAAGUGGAUCCUGUUCGACGGGCCCGUGGACGCCGUGUGGAUCGAGAACAUGAACACCGUGCUCGAUGACAACAAGAAGCUGUGCCUCAUGAGCGGGGAAAUCAUACAGAUGACGAAUAAAAUGAACUUAAUCUUCGAGCCAGCUGACUUAGAGUUCGCUUCUCCGGCCACCGUGUCCCGAUGCGGCAUGAUCUAUAUGGAGCCUGAACAAUUAGGUUGGCGAGCAUUCCUCGCAUCAUACAACACUCACCUUAGCAAGCGUCUCAUCCCAGAGCAGUUCGAUCUGAUCCAGGAACUCAUAGACUGGCUCGUGCCACCUAUCUUCGAGUUCCUACUCAAAUGCCAACAUUUCGUUCAAGUUGGGGAGAUCCAUCAAUUCAAUUCGUUCACGCGUCUGUUCACUUGUCUCCUGGAAGGCGAGUCGCAGUUCAGUACUGUCUGGUUGCAGUGCACUUUCAUAUUUUCAUUACUCUGGGGUCUGUGCGCUACAAUCAAUGGUGAAAGUCGUAAAGGUUUCGACACGUUCUUCCGGAAAUUGCUAGACGGUAAUAAUAACACUUAUCCCAAGCCGAAGUCGUUUAAGCUGAAUAAAAACCAGCUGUUCAUGGACAAGGACACUGUAUUCGACUAUGUGUACGAUAAAAGGAACAACGGGACCUGGAUACCUUGGGUCGACCUCGAGAAGGAAGUUCCUCUAUCCCCAACAGCUAAGGUGAAUGAUAUAAUUAUCCUUACAAAUGAAAAUGCCUGCUUGCGAUAUUUCGUUAGCAAAAUGGUGAAGUCGAAGAUACCGAUUUUGCUAGUGGGGCCCACAGGCACUGGGAAGUCCACUCUCGUUCUAAACUUCUUACUGUCACUGCCCAAGGAGAAAUAUAUCACUAACACAAUUAACUUUUCCGCGAGGACCACUGCUAACCAGACGCAAGAUAUCAUAAUGUCAAAAGUGGACAGGCGUAGGAAAGGCGUUUUUGGACCAUCAAUGGGUAAAAAGUGUGUGCUAUUCGUGGACGAUCUCAGCAUGCCGCAACGGGAGCAAUGGGGGGCACAGCCACCCUUGGAGCUGCUGCGGCAAUGGAUCGACCACGGACACUGGUACGACCUAAAGGAGAUGGUGCGCCAAGAAGUCGUCGAUGUGCUCUUUGUGUCCGCGAUGUUACCUCCUGGCGGGGGUUCCAAUUUGAUAUCGUCACGUCUAACUCGUCAUAUGCUGCUGAUCGCUCUCGAUUCCUUCGAAGACAAUACGCUAAACAAGAUCUUUGUCACUAUUAUGGACUGGCAUUUCGCUAAAGGAUUUCCCGAUAGUCUCGCCAGACAAAGCAAGGCGGUGGUGUCGGCCACGAUGGAGGUGUACAAGGCGGUGACGCUGCAGUUCCUGCCCACGCCCAGCAAGUGCCACUACCUGUUCAACCUGCGCGACUUCGCGCGCGUGGUGCGCGGCGUGCUGCUCGUGCCCGCCUCGCACCUCAAGGACGCGCCCAAGCUCGUGUUGCUGUGGGUUCACGAGAUCUACCGCGUCUUCUACGAUCGCCUCGUCGACGACUCCGACAGAGUGAAAUUAUUCGAUAUAGUUUACAAAGCGGUGUACGCUCACUACCGAGUUCACAUGGAUCAAGUUCUGGGUGACCUGGGGUACGUACCCGAUGGGGAAAAAUGUUCCAACAAGCACGCUGCGAAUAUAUUCUUCGGUAACUAUAUGGAACCGGAUGCUGAUCCGAAGAUAUAUGACCAGGUGACAGAUCUCGACGACAUGGCAGUGAAGAUGGAGUAUUACCUCGAGGAGUACAACGUGGUCUCAUCAUCUCCGAUGUCUCUGGUGAUGUUCCGCUACGCACUCGACCACAUAUCCCGCUGCACACGUGUGCUGUUACAGGACAAUGGGAAUCUUCUACUGGUCGGUGUCGGUGGCAGUGGUAGGAGCAGUGCCGUCAAACUAGCUGCCAGUAUCCUGGAGAUGAAUGUAAUUCAGAUCGAGAUUUCGAGAGUAUACGGUCAGAGCGAAUGGCGUGACGAUAUACGGAAGAUGUUGAUGAAGGCUGGCAUCAUUGGAAAACCACUUGUCUUUCUGUUCGCUGACAAUCAGAUCAUGUACGAGGGUAUGGUGGAAGAUAUCAAUAUGCUGUUGAACACAGGAGAUAUACCCAAUCUCUACGGCAUGGAUGAGAAGGUUGAGAUACUUGACAAGAUGCAGGCUGCUGUUCGGGAGUCCGGCAAGAAGAUGGAGACGACUCCGCUGGCAAUGUUCGGCUUCUACGUGGAGCGCGUGAAGGCCAACCUGCGCAUCGUGCUGGCACUGUCGCCCAUCGGUGACUCGUUCCGCAACCGAUUGCGCAUGUUCCCUUCGCUCAUCAACUGCUGCACCAUCGACUGGUUUACAGCGUGGCCAACGGAGGCCUUGGAGCGUGUGGCAUCUAUGUUUAUCGCAAAGAUGGAGGGCGUUGAGGAGGAACUCCGCGACGCCUGUGUCCAAAUGUGUCAACUUUUCCAUAUCAGCGUCGUAGAUCUCAGUGAUCGAUUCUACGAUGAACAAAGGCGAAAAGUAUAUGUAACUCCAACGAGUUACUUGGAACUUAUAAAGGCCUUCCAAAAUUUGUACUCCCUAAAAGUAGAUCAGAUAACUAGGUCGAGAAUUCGAUACGAGACGGGCCUCGAACAGCUAGACUUUGCUGCUGGCCAAGUAGCCGUGAUGCAGCAGAACUUAAUCGACUUGCAACCGCUGCUUGUGGACACCUCGGACAAGACAGAGAAACUCAUGAUUAAAAUAGAACAGGAUACUGUGGUCGUUGAGAAACAGAAAGAGAUCGUUGGUGCGGACGAAGCUCUAGCAAACGAAGCUGCAGCUGCAGCACAGGCCAUCAAGGACGACUGCGAGUCCGACCUUGCUGAAGCUGUUCCAGCACUCAGAGCAGCACUAGAUGCGCUAGAUACGCUGAAACCAGCUGACGUGACACUUGUCAAGUCCAUGAAGAACCCGCCUGCUGGUGUGAAGUUGGUAAUGGAGGCGGUAUGUGUAAUGAAGGGGGUGAAAGGUGAUCGGAAAAUGGAUGCCAAUGGUAAACCUUAUGAAGACUUUUGGGGACCAUCUCAGAAGAUGCUCGGUGACAUGAAAUUUCUGGAGAGUCUCAAGAACUACGACAAGGAUAAUAUCCCAGCCGCUAUAAUGAAGAAGAUUAGAGACAAAUACAUCCCGGAUCGCGAGUUCGACCCGGUGGUGAUCGCGAAGGUGUCGUCGGCGUGCGAGGGGCUGUGCAAGUGGGUGCGCGCCAUGGACGUGUACGACCGAGUCAUCAAGGUCGUAGCGCCCAAGAAAGCUGCGCUGGCAGAAGCCGAGGCGGAGUUACAAACGCAGAUGAAUACUUUAAAUGAAAAGAGAGCUCAACUUCAAGGGGUGCUGGACAAACUACAGGCCCUCAACGACGAGUUCGCGGAGAUGACACGAAAGAAGAAGGGCCUCGAGGACGAGAUAGAGCUGUGCUCCACUAAGCUAUCUCGCGCGGAGCAGCUGAUCGGAGGUCUGGGCGGCGAGAAAGCGCGCUGGACGGACCUCGCCAAUCAGCUGCAACAGUUGCUCUCCAAUAUCAUUGGGGAUGUUCUACUCGCCGCUGGAUUUAUUGCCUACCUCGGUCCGUACACUGUCAACUACAGACGAGAACUCGUACAAAUGUGGAACGAACGAGCAAUACAAUUAGAGAUCCCAUGUUCGGAAAUCUUCAGUCUGAUCAGCACACUGGGUGAACCUGUAGUGAUCCGCGCCUGGAACAUCGCUGGUCUACCCGUGGACGCCUUCUCCAUAGAGAACGGAAUCAUCGUGGAGAAAUCUAGAAGGUGGCCGCUGAUGAUUGACCCUCAGGAGCAAGCAAAUAAGUGGGUGAAAAACAUGGAGCGAGACAAUCAGUUGAAGGUGAUCAAGUUGAGCGACCCCAACUAUGUGCGUGUGUUGGAGAACGCAAUCCAGUUGGGAAUGCCCGUCAUACUGGAAAACGUGCGCGAGCAACUGGACGCAGUGCUGGAACCUGUGCUGUUGAGGAAUGUAUUCAGAUCUGGUGGUAUAGAUUGCUUGAAGUUAGGUGAUAACAUUUUGGAAUAUAACAACGACUUUCGUUUCUACAUCACUACGAGAUUGAGUAACCCGCAUUAUCUACCGGAAAUAGCUGUGAAGGUUACAUUGUUGAACUUCAUGAUAACACCCCAAGGACUCCAAGAUCAGCUUCUCGGUAUAGUAGUAGCUCAAGAUCGACCUGAACUGGAACUUAAAAAGAAUCAGUUGAUUGUAGAAGGUGCCAAUAAUAAAAGGACGCUGAAAGAGAUAGAAGAUAAGAUAUUAGAGGUAUUGUCUUCUGCGGGUAAUAUUCUAGAAGACGAGUCUGCGAAUCAGAUUCUGUCGUCGUCAAAGGUGCUAUCUAUCGAGAUUGAGGCGAAGCAGGCGGCGGCCGCCGUCACGGAGAUGGAGAUCGACGAAGCGCGCUUGCUCUACGUGCCCGUCUCCAAGCACAGCUCCGUGCUAUUCUUCUGCAUCUCGGACCUGGCUAAUAUUGACCCCAUGUACCAGUAUUCGCUCAAUUGGUUCAUAAACCUAUACAACCAGGCUAUCCAGAACUCUCCAAAGAGUGAUAAUUUAGACGAACGCCUGGCGGGACUCAACGCAUUCUUCACUCGCAGCGUCUACGAAAACGUGUGUCGCAGUCUCUUCGAAAAGGACAAGCUUAUUUUCUCUCUCGUUCUCACAUUGGGCAUUUUAAGAGCUAAGGGCGAGCUGGAUGAUGAGUUGCUGUCGUUCCUGCUGACGGGCGGCGUGGCGUUGGACAACCCGUAUGAGAACCCCGCACCCUCCUGGCUCUCCGAGAAGUCCUGGUCCGAGAUCGUACGUAGCAGCAACCUUCAUGGCCUCCAAGGUUUCAAGGAGAAUGUGGAGGCCGACACGUCUCCGUGGAAGGCGCUUUACGACUCGUCGGCGCCGCACGAGAGCGAGCUGCCGCCUCCUUUCGAUCUUGUGCGGGGAAUACCCAAGCUUAUCAUUAUGAGAUGUAUUCGCCCAGACAAGUUGAUUCCACUCGUACAGCAGUACGUGGUAGAAGAAAUGGGUCGUCCCUACAUCGAACCGCCACCCUUCGAUCUCGAGAAGUCCUAUAAUGACAGCAACUGCGCGUCUCCGCUCAUUUUUAUCCUGUCUCCCGGCUCAGACCCUAUGUCUGCUCUCGUUAAGUUCGCUACGGAGAAGAAGGUGGUCAGCUUCGAGACCAUAUCGCUAGGACAAGGACAGGGCCCGAUUGCAGCGGAGAUGAUAACGCGUGCGGCGAGCGGCGGCGGCUGGGCCGUGCUGCAGAACUGCCACGUGCUGGAGUCGUGGCUCAACGAGCUGGAGCGGCUGUGCGCCGAGGUGCUGAGCGCGCCGCACACGCACCGCGCCUGCCGACUGUGGCUCACCUCCUACCCCAGCCGCGCCUUCCCCGUCACCGUGCUACAGAACGGUGUGAAAAUGACAAAUGAGGCGCCCAAAGGCUUAAAGAAUAACAUCUACCGUUCGUACAUUUCUGAUCCAAUUUGUGAUCCCGAAUUUUAUAUAUCCUGUCCCCGUACCGAAGAGUGGAGACGUCUGCUGUUCGCUCUGUGCUUCUUCCACGCUAUCGUUCAAGAAAGACGAGCCUUCGGACCCUUGGGCUGGAAUAUACAGUACGAAUUCAAUGAGAGCGAUUUAAGGAUUUGCAUAAUGCAAUUACAGAUGUUCCUCACGGAGUACACGGAGACACCUUUCGAAGCUCUUAACUAUUUGGCUGGAGAAUGUAAUUACGGCGGUAGAGUAACGGAUGAUAAAGAUAGAAGACUAAUUCUGUCUCUCUUGUCAAUCUUCUAUAACGAAGAUGUCACUUCGGAUCCCAGUUACUCAUUUUCUCCGAGUGGUGAUUAUCGCAUGCCUCCCAGCAUGGACUAUAACUCUGUGCUAGAUCAUAUCAAAGCUCUGCCCAUGAUUGCGAAGCCCGAGGUCUUCGGUUUGCACGAGAACGCUGACAUCACUAAAGACAAUAAAGAGGCGGCUGCGCUGCUGUGGGGCUGCAGCGCGACGCAGCGCGUGGGCGGCGGCGGCGCGGGCGCGGGCGGCGCGGGCGUGCUGUCGCUGGCGCGCGACGUGCUGGCGCGCCUGCCGCCGCCCUACGACGUGGCCGACGCCGCGCGCCGCUACCCCGUGCAGUACUACAACAGCAUGAACACUGUCCUCACGCAGGAGCUGAUACGUUACAACCGCCUCUUGAGUGUAGUCCAACGUACGUUACAUGGGGUAUACCUAGCGGCCCAGGGUCUGGCCAUCAUGAGUGCCGAGCUAGAGGAGUGCAACAACGCCUUCAUCAAGGGCGUGGUGCCCGGAGCUUGGAUGUCUAAAUCUUAUCCCUCGAUGAAGCCCUUAGGCUCAUAUGUAACGGAUUUUUUGGCGAGGCUAAAAUUCCUGCAAGACUGGAUAGACGAGGGUCCACCGAUCGUUUUUUGGGUGUCCGGGUUCUACUUCACGCAGUCUUUCCUCACCGGCGUCCUGCAGAACUACUCCCGGCACAACCGGAUACCGAUUGACCAAGUUCAUUUCGAGUUCACAAUCACCAGCAUGGAAGCUGAAUGCGAGGAAGAACCGUCGUUUGGAGUAUAUUGCAAGGGACUUUUCUUAGAGGGUGCUCGAUGGAACCGUGAAGCUAUGCAACUAGAUGAAUCAUAUCCCAAGAUCCUAUUUGACACCAUUCCAAUAAUUUGGUUCCAACCGGCCCUGAUAUCUGACUUCAACCCUCCUCCGAGUUAUUUUUGCCCAAUCUACAAGACCAGUGAGAGAAAAGGUGUUCUUGCAACCACAGGUCAUUCCAGCAACUUUGUUAUGUAUAUAACUUUGCGAUCAGAUAUUCCGGAGAAGCAUUGGAUCAACAGAGGCGUGGCUAGUUUAACGCAGCUAGAUGACUAAG